CUUUCAUCCUCAUCCCUGUCUCUCUCUCUACACUCUCUCGUCCCUUUCCUAAUAUUAUUCAUAUUUCCCUCAUUUCUAUCCAAAUCCCCCCACUCCCAAUCAUUCCUCUUGGGAUUGGAUACCCCCUGCAUAGAAAUUUGAGAGAGAUUUCGGAAGCCACCAAAAGCCAUGAAAGGUGAAUAUGUGGAGCAACAGGCCAAGGCCGAUCCUCCCAGUAUGUUCUCGAAGCUUCACCACCAUCCCUUUCCCCACCACCCCUUCCAGCUCUCUCGCGAAUCUCAAACCUCCGAGGAAGAUGAUAAUCGCAGCGCCAGCGCCGGCGCCACCCCUAACCACCCUCAGAAGCCCAUGUCCCGCGAGCCCUCCUCCGCCGCCGAUGGCUCCAGCAUUGAGGUCGUGAGGCGCCCCAGAGGCCGUCCUCCUGGCUCCAAGAACAAGCCCAAGCCGCCCGUCAUCAUAACUCGCGACCCCGAGCCUACCAUGAGUUCCUUCAUUCUCGAAGUCCCUGGCGGAACGGACGUCGUCGAAGCGAUUGCUCGCUUUUGUCGCCGCAAGAACACUGGUCUCUGUGUGUUAACUGGAUCGGGGACCGUCGCUAACGUCACCCUUCGUCAACCCUCUACUACCCCGGGGGCUACCGUUACUUUUCACGGCCGUUUUGAUAUCUUAUCCAUAUCCGCCACCUUUCUGGCCAACCAGCAGUCGGGUGCUUUGCCGGCGGUCCCCAACAGCUUUACGAUAUCGCUGGCGGGUCCACAGGGUCAGAUCGUUGGAGGAUUGGUCGCUGGCAGUUUGUUGGCGGCGGGAACCGUGUUCGUUGUCGCUGCUUCCUUCAACAACCCAUCUUACCACAGGUUGCCAGCUGAAGAGGACGUUAGAAACUCCGUCUCGGGCGGCGGCGGAGAUGGGCAGUCCCCGCCGAUAUCUGGAGGCGGUGGGGAGAGCGGUCACGCGCCUGGUGAUUCGUGUGGGAUGUCUAUGUAUAGCUGUCAAUUACCAUCCGAUGUGAUCUGGGCUCCGACUGCAAGACCGCCGCCGCCAUACUGAAACCGCGUACUUCCCUUCACUCCUUAGUAACCCCGUGCCCAUUGUGAAUUAAAGUUAGACGUUACUGUUCCUUCGUUGGUUUCUUGUCUGGUUUAAGUGUUUAACUUGGAUGUGUUGCUGUUGAGUUCAUUAGCAUUUUAGUUUCGACUUUCGAACAGAAAUAGUGUAGACAGUCUUAGGAGCGGUUAGAUUUUUCCCUUCAUUUUUUGAAGAACCGAGUCAUUGAUCUCUGAGGAAGGAAGUAAAUGUGCUCCAAAUUUCGUUUCCGUCACUAAAUGUUAUCCCCAUGCCCGUUUAUCAUUCCUACUAUGAUAUUUAUUAGUAUAUUAUAAUGAAUAUGAUUAUCAUAAUAACAAAACAAACUGAAACCGGGACAUCUCGUCCGUAUCAUUAUCAACGAAAUGCCUUUAGGCUUGCAGGUUCGUUUUUUGGGAAGUGGGUUCUGGUUGGGAAAGGAAAAGGGCAGUUUGGUGGAGAGGUGAGAGAUGCUUUGAAGUUUGGGACUGAGGAGGGAGCAGGAAGCAACGGGUUACAGGGGGAGGCAUUGGGUGAAGAUAACAUGAUAGGCACAGCUGGGCACUUGAAUGAUGGCUUCUGUCUGAGAUGAUAAAUCUUAUCAGAUGAGUCUGUCUUAGUCUAAGCUUUCUCGAUUUGGAUAAAGUGUAUGGCAGAGGAGGAGAACAUGCCCAGCGUAGUGCCUUCUGGACUCUCGUCACCCCUUCUGCUGUCUUCUCUUUGCUUUAUCCUAUACGCUUCUCUAAAAGCUCCCCGCAAGGAACCCUCCUCCCUUCUCUGCUCUUCUUUUUUCAACUUCAUAUCUCUGAUCUCUUCUGUACUUUGUUUUGUCUUUUUCUCCUCUUCUCUGAUUUCUCUAUUAAAGAGAGAGAUUUAUCGAUGCAAAAGUAAAA